AUAACGAACAAGCUGCAGGUCAGAGAGAUGCAGAUAGGAUAAAUUGAACGAUAAGAUACAGAUAUUCCAUUCAAAUAAUUGAACUUGAAUAUUUUGAAUUUCAAAUCAAUAUACUGUAUAUAUAUAUAUCUCUCUCUCUCUCUGUUUUUUUCUUCUUUCUUGCUUGACAGCUGUUCAAAAAAAUCUAACAAACAAACAAACUUGUUGAUUUUCGUUCAAGAAGGAGACGAAACGUUAACUUUUACGAUUUAAUCGAGUUAAAACACUAUGAAUUUAACGACGGCAGCUGCAAUCUGCAACAAUACGGCGUCUUCGACGCCUUUAUACGUUGGUUUUAUCGGAGCAAUCGUUGCUACUCUAUUCUUUGGUAGUAAUUUUGUUCCAGUUAAAAAAUUCGAAACUGGAGAUGGUAUCUUUUUUCAAUGGGUGCUUUGCGCUGCUAUUUGGCACGUAGGACUUGUUGUUGGAGCUAUAAGACAUUUCCCAAAGUUCUAUCCCCUCGCUAUGCUGGGUGGAGCCCUAUGGUGUACGGGAAACGUGACGACUGUUUUUAUCAUUAAAACUAUAGGUCUAGCUCAAGGUUUUCUCAUUUGGGGUUCGGCAAAUCUUAUCCUGGGAUGGUUGAGCGGACGAUUCGGAUGGUUCGGUAUUAAGAAAGAGAUUCCAAACAAUCCAGCUUUCAACUAUGCUGGUGUAGGUUUAGCCUUGUUGGCGGCCGUCAUCUAUAUCUUUAUUAAGAGCGAAGCUAAGAGCAAAGUAAACACGACAGUUUCUCCUUUAGUAAGCGACGAGGAGCAAGAGAAACUAAUAAGGCAGAGCGUUCGGGAGCACGACGAGGAAGGGUCGACGUCACCGUCGGAUAGGAACGACGAUACGUUUAUCGAGAGAAUGAAUCCGAAAAGUCGAAGGAUUCUAGGAAUAGCCGCCGCCAUUUUUGCCGGUAGUCUUUACGGUCUCAACUUUACUCCUGUCAUCUAUAUACAAGAUAGAUAUCACGGAGCUUCCGACAACGGAUUGGACUACGUAUUUGCUCAUUUUAGCGGAAUUUUCGCCACUAGCACAUUAUUUAUGUUCGUCUACUGCGCAAUUAUGAAGAAUAAGCCAAGAGUCUAUGCCAAAGUAUUAUUACCUGGUUUUAUCUCUGGUAUAAUGUGGGGUAUAGCCGACGUUGGUUGGUUUAUAGCGAAUAAAGUUCUAUCAGAACCAAUUUCUUUUCCAAUAAUUACGACUCUUCCUCCCUUUAUUGGAGUUCUCUGGGGAGUUUUCGUCUUUAAAGAAAUUAAGGGAAAACGCAACUACAUUCUCCUAUCAAUCGCUGGUUUAAUAACAAUCGGAGGGGCAGUCCUUACCGGCCUUUCCAAAGGAACUACCAAAAAGGAUUGCGUUCAUAAUACAACUACAGUUGCUACUACACCAAUAAUCACAACCCUACAAAAUCUUAUUGAAAACUUCUAA